AGUGACGGGAAAUAGCUUUCUAUCUCGUACGUUUUUAGUUUGAUUAAAUUAGAAUGAUAAAGAAUCAACGAGUUUUUUUCUUGUAAUGCGACAUGAUUAGAUUCCCAAGGUACUGACCAGGACAUCAAACAGUCUAGGACAGCCUGUGAAUACAAUUAAUUACAUUCAUUGGGAGAUUUGUUUUAUUUCUAGAUAAGGUCUCCAUGGAAUAAGGAAGUGUACAUAUCAAUCUCUAUGUGGGAUUAGCGGCAACAUUUCUUGGUGCCUGGGAAGGUCGUGGAAAAUGAAUGUAUUUAUGGACACGCUAUCCAGCUCAAGUUGGUAAUUAUACAGAAACUUAGAUCACCUGUCACUGGAAUCUUGGUUAAAAACAUGGUGUAAUGUUUGGUUUCAAAAUAUGUUUACCACUCAACUCGUAUUUCAAAACGAACACAUCCGAGCUGAAGUGUAACGUUUGGGUUCGACGUAACGCGAUAUCACAAUCACCACACCAUGUAUGGAGGUACUCCUUGAAUGUGACUCGUAACAAAGAUUUCAGACACUGGACUAUAAAAGGAGGAGAGAUGAUCGCCGUGUUCCUGUUGGCCGCCCUUCUGCCGCACAUCCGGCUGGGUACAGCAUACAGCACAGGGGCGCCUUCAGGGCAAUGCGACAGGAUGAUUCCUGGUCACGGCGUCCGCCCCCAGAUGGGCCCCGCCCCAUACAUUAUCAAGUUCUCCCAGCCAACUUUCGGCUGUCCGGAAGACAACAUCACAGUAACGUUGUCGGGCGCGGGCGCGGGCGGGGCAACGUUCCGCGGUUUCCUGUGUGAAACGCGGCCUAAUCCCGACCUGUUCUACACUUCCGGCGUAAUUAAUUUGCCGCCAAAUUCCAACGAAACACACGACCUCUGUGGAGAGGGGAGAUCAAUCACUCACAAGCAGGGUAGGGUUGACAAGACUUCUAUCUCCUUUAGCUGGACACCGACCGUGGCACAGCCAGUAUACAUCGUGUGCACGGUGGUGGCAAAGUACAACCUGUUCUGGGUGAAGCUUAGGUCCAACCCCAUCACGUUCAUGGAGCGGGCAUGUGGCCAACAAACCCCUCCGUCGGGUGGCGGCGGCCAGCAGCGCCCAACAACAACUCCAGCUGCAGAUGAUAACUCCAACACAGCCAGUUCCAAUACUGGUAACUCCAACAUUGGCGGCUCGAAUACCGGAACAGACACGGGGUCGGGUUCGGGUACCUCGGCUCCCGACAACAAUAGUUCAGUGAUGACAACGGUCGCAAACACCAACGAAAAUACCGGAAAUACCGGUAAUAACGCUAGCAACUCGGCAUCAACAGGCACCCUGCCACCGAACACGACGCCUGUAGGCCGGGGAUCGUCUGUGGCGCCUGUGCUGGGCGGUAUAUCAUUUGGAUUUGUACUAGCAUUGUUGUUUUGUUGAACAUUUUCAGGAAUGGACGGUGUGAAAUGAACAUUACUAAUGGCACGUUUUAUUUGAUUUUUAAACGAACAAAAAUGACCAACAGCUUCGGUUUCUCAUGUAGAGAGCACUACUUUAAACAGAUUACAGUGCAAGCAAGCAGCUACUGCUUUAAGGACUGAUCCAAGCUGAAGAUAACCAGGAAUACCAUGCAAGGCGCUUACAAAAUAGUGUUUUAUUUUUUUUACUCUGUACAGAGAACUGUCUUACAUGUUUCGCUAUUACAUUUUGCUAUAUUUGUAAAUAAAACAUAUGAA